ACAAGGAAAGAGUCUCAAUUUUCUAUAGUGAUAGAGUAUGGGGUUGAAGAAAAAUUUGAAGUUGGUGCUUUUAGGGUUUUUGCUCUUGAAUUUGUUUGUUUUUUCCAUGGCCAAGAAGACAAUCCCUUCUAUUGAUUUUGUUUUAAACGAAACUAGCUAUACUAGGUUGUGUAGCACAAAGAAGAUAUUGACAGUAAAUGGACUAUUUCCAGGGCCUGCUUUGCAUGUCCGCAAAGGUGAUAGAUUGAUAGUUAAUGUGCAAAAUCAAGGGAAUUAUAAUGUCACCCUUCACUGGCAUGGAGUGAAGCAACCAAGAAAUCCUUGGUCUGACGGGCCAGAGUAUGUAACGCAGUGUCCCAUCAAAGCAGGAGCUAAUUUCAGUUAUGAGCUGAUAUUCUCGACAGAAGAAGGAACCCUAUGGUGGCAUGCCCACAGUGAUUGGUCUCGAGCCACAGUACAUGGUCCUAUCAUUAUCUACCCGAAAGUUGGUUCCAAUUACCCGUUUCCCAAACCUCAUGCAGAGUUUCCCAUUGUUUUAGCAUCGUGGUUCAAGGGAGAUGUAAUGGAAAUAAUUCAAACUGCCCUAGCAAAUGGAGGUGAACCGAACAUAUCGGAUGCUUUUACCAUCAAUGGCCAACCAGGCGAUCUCUACAAUUGUUCCAAACCUGGAACAUUUAGAAUAAUGUUUGAUUUUGGAAAGACCUAUCUUCUUCGUAUCAUCAAUUCAAUUAUGAACGAAGAAAUGUUCUUCAUGGUAGCUGAUCAUAAUCUCACAGUGGUUGGAAUGGAUGGAGCUUACCUCAAACCGAUAAAAACUGACUAUAUCAUGAUAACCCCUGGACAAACCAUGGAUGUCUUGAUAACUGCAAAUCAGUCCCUAAGUCACUACUAUAUGGCAGCAAGAGCGUAUGCAGGAGUUGUUUAUGAUAACACCACUACAACUGCGAUAGUCGAAUACAAUGGAAAUUAUACAUCCCCAUUGACACCUGUGUUUCCAAACCUUCCUAACUAUACAGACAUCAAUGCUGUAACGAAUUUUACCCGACGUCUUAGGGCCUUAGCAAGCACGCAGCAUCCAGUUGAUGUCCCAAAAGUAGUUGAUAUACGACUUGUUAUAACAUUAUCUGUGAACACACUACCAUGCGCCAAUAAUUCUUGUGAUGGACCCAAUGGCUCUAGGCUAGCAGCAAGCAUGAACAACAUAAGUUUUGUGGAUCCAAAGGUCGAUAUAUUGCAAGCAUACUACAAACAAAUUAGAGGGAUUUACCAAACGAAUUUUCCUAGUGUGCCACCUUAUGUUUUCAAUUUUACAGCUGAUGAUGUGCCUGAUAAUGUUUUGACACCUAAAAGAGGGACGAAGGUGAGGGUUCUGAAAUACAAUUCUAGUGUGGAAAUAGUGUUCCAAGGAACCAAUGUUCUAAAUGGUGCUGAGAAUCAUCCAAUACAUCAACAUGGUUAUAGCUUUUAUGUAGUUGGAUUUGGUUUUGGGAAUUUCGACAAUGAGACUGAUCCUGCAGGGUUUAAUUUGGUUGAUCCACCUGAGAUGAACACUGUUGGAGUCCCUACAAAUGGAUGGGCUGCCAUAAGAUUUAAAGCUGAUAAUCCAGGAGUGUGGUUCAUGCACUGCCAUUUGGAUAGGCACAUGAGCUGGGGUAUGGAUACAGUACUAAUUGUAAAGAAUGGAACCACUAGACUUACAAGUAUGAGGCGAGCACCGAGUCACUUGAAUCCUUGUUAGGAGCUUCACAUGCAAUUUGGCACUGUCUCUAUUUUUAUGUCAAGUCGAAUAUUUUCCAAUAUUUGUUGCGCAUAUGAAAAUAAGGCUACAAAUACUGUUUGUGUAAUGUUAACUUGGUGGAUUUUUAUUAGGUUCUAAAAUGUUUGUAUCAUAUUUGGUGCAGUUUAUUCUAAACUGAAAAGUGUUAAUAAAUAAGAAAAUUUUAAAAACACCAGGAUUAUCAAAAUUUUCAGCU